AUGCCGCUUAGAAAAGAAAGAAGUUCUGCUAAGUUCAUUAUCGUUGCCAAAUUUCUGACUAGUAAGGCUUUGAAUAUUGAUGCUAUUAUUAGAACAUUCAAUCCAUUGUGGCAUACAAUAAAUGGUUUCAAAGCUCGUAGUGUGGGGGACGAUGUUAUCCUUUUCGUUUUUGAUGAUGAAGAGAAGGUAGAGAAGAUUUUCAGGGGGAAGCCGUGGAGUUUUGAUAAGCAUCUGGUGGUUCUCAAGAAAUAUGAGAAACACUCACCUGUCUAUACAUUGAGUUUCUCUAAGGUAUUUAUCUGGGUUCAAAUCCAUGACAUUCCUGUUCGUUUCAGGAACAAAAAAGUGGCAGAAGAUUUAGGCACAGUGAUAGGGGAGGUUGCUAAAACUACUAAAUUGGCAGAGAUGGAGGGAGGAAGUUUUAUAAGAAUUCAAGUGAGGAUUGAUAUUACUCUCCCACUAUGUCAGGGCAAAAUCAUAGCUCUCGAGGAAGGGUCUGAAGACUGGGUGAAAUUUAAAUUUGAGAGAUUACCUAACAUCUUUUAUUGUGUGGGUGUCUCAAUCACAGUAACAAGGACUGCGACCUAUGGAUUGAUAGCGAUGGUACCCUCGAUGAUCAGGAGUAUGGUCUUUGGAUUCAUGCCUCAUCUACUCCAAAUCCAUGGCGGUCGUUAG